CAAACUGCAACAAAACAGAUAACAUAUUCUUCAAAGACGUAUCACGUGACUUGUUCAAAAUGGAGAAUGAAACUUCAAGGCAACAGCAUCAGUUGUUGGAGUAAAUAAUGACACAAGACAAUUAUUAUACAUCAAAGAUGGACAUUGCAGGGAGUCACAAUAAAACAUAUAUUAUUGCGCUUGAUAUUGGAACCACCACUCUUAGGGCACAUGUCUAUGAUACACAAACAAACAUUGUGGGUGCCGGAAGUAAAAAGAUAGAACUCUUAUAUCCAAAGACAGGAUGGGUGGAAAUGGAUCCUGGGGUUCUUUGGCAGCAAGUCCAAGAUGUCAUAAAAGAGGCCAUUGCAGCUGCCAAUUUAAAAGUUAGUGACAUCGCAUGUAUGGGAAUCACCACCCAGAGGGGCACAUUUAUCACAUGGGACAGGGACUCUCACAAACCAUUCCACAACUUUAUCACCUGGCAGGAUUUACGAGGUAGUGAUUAUGUAAAACAAUGGAAUGAGUCAAUCACUCUAAAGAGUUUCAAUGCUGGUGCUAAACUACUACAUGGUGUUUCAAGACAAAAGAGAUUCCUCGCUGCAGCAGUGUUAAAGUUCCAAGCAAUGCAGGUUUCAAUGAGGCUACUUUGGGUUUUAAACAACAAUUUAGAGAUGCGGAGAAGAUUGAAUGAACAGAGGGUUCAGUUCGGAACAUUGGACACUUGGCUACUGUGGAAGUUUACUGAGGAAAAAUUAUGGUGCACGGAAAUCUCUUGUGCUAGCUCAACAGGAAUGUUCGACCCAUUUGUGGUAGAAUGGAGUAAUAUAGUCAACAUGCUGCUUGGGAUACCAUUACACAUGCUGCCACCUAUUAAAGACACUUGUACUGAAUUCUGUCGGAUCUCAAAAGGAAUAUUUGGUGCUGAAAUCCCAAUCACAUCCGUGAUUGCAGAUCAACAAGGUGCGAUGUUUGGCCAGUGCUGUUUUAAUGUUGGGGACGUAAAAUGUACGUUAGGCACAGGGACUUUCCUUGAUCUCAAUACUGGGAAUAAACCACACGCAUCCAUUGCAGGAUUAUACCCUAUUGUUGGUUGGAAAAUAGGAAAUGAGAUUGUGUAUAUAGCGGAAGGGAGAGCCUCUGACACAGGCCCAGCCAUAGACUGGCUUAGAUCAAUAGAUAUGUAUGAUGAUCUGAACGAAUUGUCACGUGUGGCAGAGAGUGUACCAGACUCAGGCGGAGUUUAUUUUGUCAACUCAUUUAAUGGCUUACAGGCCCCUAUAAAUGAUGACAAGGCUUGCUCAGGGAUUCUAGGUCUCAAUCCAAGUACAUCUAAAGCUCAGAUUGUAAGAGCGCUAUUAGAGAAUAUAUCUUUCCGCUUCAAGCUGCUAUAUGAAACUGCACUCACAGAAACUAGGAUACCACUGUCACACAUCAGAGCUGAUGGCGGUGUCAGCAAUAAUGAUUUCAUAAUGCAGCUUAUAGCAGACAUCACAAACCAAAGCAUAGAAAGACCUUGCCACACAGACAUGACUAGUUUAGGUGCUGCAUUCCUGGCAGGUUUAACAAUAGGUAUAUGGAAGGACAAAGAAGAACUGCUUGCCCUACGAGUUGUCGGGAAGAAAUUUAGAGCAAACAAUAAUAGAUGGCACCAGUAUAAGACAGUGAUUCAAGAUUGGGAACGUGCAAUGAAACGAUGUAUGUUCUGGUAUAAGGAAGACAAAUGAGAAUAAAAUCUUAUCGUUGAUGGCCAUUUUGGUAGCUUUUUUACAACUGGAAGUGCCCUGAACGAAAUACAUGUCGAAUUCCAAGGGAUUUUGGUGACUAUUUAAUUUUUGCGAUUUUGUUAAUUGGCCAAAAUUCUCCAAUUUAAAACGCUCGCCAAAUUAAAGA